AUGGCAUCUGGCAGCAUUCAGUGGGCACCACCCAAACCAUUGCAUUUGGAGGGCAACGUAAGCGAGAAUUUUCGCAAGUUCGAAGAGCACUGGACGCUAUUCGAAAAAACAGAGCCCAAAGGAAAGUCAGAAGAGGAGAAAUGUUCUUAUUUUUUGCUAUGUAUAGGAGAAAAAGCGAGAGAAGUACACAAAACUUUAGCUUUCUCAACUCCAGAAACGUCAACAAACACCGAAGGCGCGACAGUUUGGAAGAGAACAACUCAGGAACUUAAAACAGCUUUUAAAGCAUACUGCAACCCGAGGAAAAACCUGACAUUUGAACGACAUAAAUUAAAUACCCGUAACCAAGACGAGAAUGAAACUAUUGAUCAGUAUGUCACCGCUUUACGUACUUUGGCAGCAACCUGCGAAUUCGAAAGUCUACACGACGGCUUGAUACGCGAUAGAAUCGUUUGCGGUAUUAAAGCACAAACCCUGAAAGAACGUAUGUUACGCGAGAACGAUUUGACCUUACAGAAAGCUAUAGAUAUAUGCCGAGCUGCAGAGACAUCUCGAGAUCAACUAAAAUCGUUGUGCGGCGGUGAGAAGAAAAACAACAUUGAUACUUUAGGACGAGAUCGACGAAACCGCUACACUCACGAAGCGUCCCACCAGAAAUCCAACAAUCAACAACAACGGGGUAAAGCAUGUGGCAACUGUGGACGAUCUCAUGCACCCAAAACCUGUCCAGCGUACGGCAAACCUUGUAAUCACUGUCAUAAGUUAUGA